AUGGCGCCCUCAAUUUACAUCGACGAGGACGUGGGCCAUGACGACGCCUCGGCCACAGGCACCGAGUCCGCCCCAUACAAGACUCUCCUGCACGCCUUUGUGCAGCACGCACCGACCACCGAGGGAAUUCAAUAUCUGACUCGCAAGUCCCAGACCGAUGCGCCGGGCGAGAACGUCGAUCCCGCCGCGAAGCUGGAGUGGAAGCCGGCCACCAAGUCGGCCAUGAGGAAGGCCACCAACCUCUGGGAGCAGCGCAAGAAGAAGGCCGCCAAGCAGCAGGAGCUGGCGAUUCGCGAAAAGGCCGAGGCCGACAAGCGCCAGAAGGUCCUCGAGGAGGCCAAGAAGGUCAUUAUCACCGAGGACGCGUCCUUACCCAAGCCAGUCCGAAUUCGUCUGGACGAAACCGACCCCGCCAAGGUUAAGUUGCGCACUCCCGAAUCUGAUGCGCCGGGGACUCGGGUGCGCGUUCUGGGUCGUGUGCACCGCAUGCGGGCGCAGAAGGACUAUGUCUUCAUCACCCUGAGCGAUGGCUAUGGGUACCUGCAGUGCAUUCUGACUGGUGACCUGGUCAAGACCUACGAUAUCAUGACCCUGACCCUGGAGACCUCCAUUGCGAUUCACGGUGAGAUGCGGGCCGUGCCUCCUAAGCAGCACGCUCCCAACGACCGCGAGCUGCACGCCGACUUCUUCACCAUCAUUGGCCGUGCCGCCGGUGACAAGGAGGCCAUCACCACGCGCGUGGCGCCGGACGCCGACCCGCAGACUCUCUACGAUAACCGCCACCUCGUCCUCCGUGGAGAGACCUCCUCUUCCGUGAUGAAGGUCCGCGCGGCCACGCUGCGCGCUUUCCGCAAGGCCUUCGAGGAGAACCGCAUGCUGGAGGUGACACCGCCCGCAAUGGUGCAAACGCAAGUCGAGGGUGGCAGCACCCUGUUCGGCUUCGACUACUACGGUGAGAACGCCUACCUCACCCAGUCUUCGCAGCUCUACUUGGAGACCUGUCUCCCGUCGCUGGGUGACGUCUUCUGCGUGUGCCCCUCCUUCCGUGCCGAGAAGUCCCUGACUCGCCGUCACUUGUCCGAGUACACUCACGUCGAGGCCGAGCUCGACUUUAUCACCUUUACCGAUCUGCUGGAUCACCUCGAAGCGAUGAUCUGCCGCGUCAUCGAGCUGCUUCUCGCCGACCCCGAGGCCUCAAAACACAUCGCCACCCUGAACCCCGACUUCAAGCCGCCUUCUCGCCCCUUCAAGCGCAUGAAGUACUCCGAUGCCAUCGACUGGCUCGUGGAGCACGAGAUCCCCAACGAGGAGGGUCAGCCCCACAAGUUCGGUGACGACAUCGCCGAGGCUGCCGAGCGCAAGAUGACCGAUAUCAUCAACCAGCCCAUCUUCCUGACCCACUUCCCCGCCGAGAUCAAGGCCUUCUACAUGAAGAAGGACGAGAGUGAUCGCCGAGUCACCGAGAGUGUGGAUGUGCUCAUGCCCGGUGUCGGUGAGAUUGUCGGUGGUAGCAUGCGUAUGGAUGACUGGAACGAGUUGAUGGACGCUUACAAGCACGAGGGCAUGGACCCCAGCCCUUACUACUGGUACACUGACCAGCGCAAGUACGGUACCUCCCCCCACGGUGGCUAUGGACUCGGUCUGGAGCGGUUCCUCGCUUGGCUGUGCGCUCGGUACACUGUCCGUGACUGCUCUCUGUACCCGCGCUUCACGGGUCGUUGCACUCCUUAG